AUGGAGUCUACAAGUAGUGGACUUGUUGCGUCUACGAAGGAAAAAUUGCAUCAGCUCCCUUCUUUAUAUCCUAAUAUUGUGCUACUCUUGUACGUGAAACCAGGUCCUAGAUUCAUUUCAGCAGCGGAAAGGGCAGAAUUCAGGUGCAUAGAAAGGGAAAGACAAGCACUCCUCAGUUUUAAACAAGAACUUGAGUAUCCCUCUGGUCUUCUUUCUUCUUGGGGAAGUGAAGAAGGACAGAAGAGUGAUUGCUGUAAAUGGGUAGGAGUUGGUUGCAACAACAGAACUGAUCGCAUCACCAUGCUUGAUCUUCAUGGUUUGGCUGUGGGAGGUAACAUUACCGAUUCAUUACUUGAGUUGCAGCAUUUGAAUUAUUUAGACCUUAGUGAUAAUAGUUUCUAUGGGAAUCCUUUCCCAAGUUUCGUUGGCUCCCUCAGGAAAUUAAGAUACCUGAGUCUCUCCAACAAUGGUUUAAUCGGAAGGCUGUCAUAUCAGCUUGGGAACCUCUCUAGCCUGCAAUCUCUUGAUCUCAGCUAUAAUUUUGAUGUUAGUUUUGAAAGCCUUGAUUGGCUUUCUCGUCUUUCUUUUUUGGAGCAUCUUCACCUGACUGGAAAUCACCUUACCCAAGCCAGUGAUUGGAUUCAAGUCGUUAACAAGCUCCCUCGCCUAAAAGACUUGCAGUUAAGUGAUUGUAGCCUUUUAAGCAUCGUUCCUCCAGCUCUUUCUUUCGUCAAUUCUUCAAGAUCUCUUGCUAUCCUUGAUCUUUCAUUCAACCAUCUUGCUUCAUCAAUAGUCCCCUGGUUGUCCAACUCCAGUGAUAGCCUUGUUGAUCUUGACCUAUCUGCCAACCAGUUACAAGGUUCUAUUCCAGAUGCUUUCGGGAAAAUGACUUCUCUCACGAAUCUUCAUCUUGCCGAUAAUCAACUUGAAGGAGGAAUUCCAAGAUCCUUUGGAGGAAUGUGCAGCUUACGUGAGCUAGAUUUGUCCUCCAACAACCUCAGUGGACCCCUUCCCAGGUCUAUUCGAAAUAUGCAUGGAUGCGUAGAGAACUCGCUGAAGAGUUUGCAAUUACGUGAUAACCAACUUCAUGGUUCUUUGCCUGAUUUUACAAGAUUCUCUUCCGUUACUGAAUUGGACCUCUCUCAUAACAAAUUGAAUGGAUCUUUACCAAAAAGAUUUAGACAACGUUCUGAACUUGUUUCCUUGAACUUGAGUGACAACCAACUCACUGGAUCACUGCCAGAUGUUACGAUGCUUUCAUCAUUGAGAGAGUUCCUUAUAUAUAACAAUCGAUUAGAUGGGAAUGCUUCUGAAAGUAUUGGAAGCUUAUCUCAGCUCGAGAAAUUGAAUGUUGGGAGGAAUUCUCUGCAAGGUGUGAUGUCUGAAGCUCAUUUCUCAAAUCUAUCCAAAUUACAGGAAUUGGAUUUAUCUCAUAACUCUCUGGUUUUGAAAUUUACGUACGACUGGGCUCCCCCUUUUCUAUUGAAUUACCUUUAUCUUUCAUCUUGCAAUUUGGGCCCUCAUUUCCCACAAUGGCUGCGAAAUCAAAAUAAUUUAUGGGUGCUAGAUAUCUCUGGUACUGGAAUUUCUGAUACAAUCCCCAAUUGGUUUUGGGAUCUGUCUAAUUCCAGCUUGACCCUCUUAAACUUUUCCCACAACAACAUGCGAGGUAUGUUGCCUGAUUUGUCAUCAAAAUAUGCUGAAAUUGUUGGGGUAGAUUUGAGUUCCAACCAGUUUGAGGGCCCGUUACCAACUUUUCCUUUACAAACAAUUGCCUUAGAUCUCUCUAACAAUAUGUUUUCAGGGCCAAAUUCUGCUAUAUGUAAGAUUGCAGAAUUCCUAGGUCCUUGGGAUCACUAUUGA